UACAUAUCAUAGUUUAAUUUAUUGUGAGACAAUGCAUAUCAUAGUUCUCGAAUAUCAAGCAAUUUUGAUAGAUUCCCCAUUCAUUUUCAAUUCAUAGGGGGUUUCAGUCUCUUACCAGCCUCGUCUAAGGCCCCUCCAAUAGACAGCACCACUUGCUGAUAAGCCUGUGAUAUAGUCGGUGUCAGAGUGUGACGGUUUAACUCCUUUCCGAGCUGUGAUCUUGACCUUACAAGUUGUUCCAUUCAAUCAAAAAAAAAUAUAUAUGAACUGCUAAAUUCCCAUAAGCUGCCUAUCAAUAAUUUUCUUGUUUUAAAUCCACCGUCUAGAGGCUUUCAAACACGUACCAGAAAGUCAUACGACAGUUAAUUUGAGCCUGACAAACCCUUCCUGUCCCUCACUGAUGAAUGCAACAAAAAUACAAACAGCAAAUCAAUAAAUCCAAGGGGCCACUCCAAAUGGAUUGGAUCCCAUCAUAUUAAUCUAGGCAACCCAAGAGAGUAAAACAUUUUAAUUGUUUUUUAUUUCCAACCCAAAACCCGUACUAUCAGCACUGUCUAAUUCAGAUCUUAUUGCUUACUCUUCUGUUUGAGCAAACACCACUCAUGCUAUAAUUAUUGAGUUUUCUGUUUUUUCCCAUCUGGGCCCUCCAUGUCAAACCAGUGGAAUCAAGAUAAAACUUUGUCCAUAUCUUGAGAUGUUCUAAAAUGAAACCAACAAUAAAAAUAAAACUGUCUGAACCAGCGUGAUUGAAUUAUGGGUUCAAGCAUGGGAGUGCAGGUCUUUGGCAAAACGAAAAAUAUGAUAUCUCAAUUAAUGGCACUACCAAACAUGCCUAUUUCUGAUGUUUCCAGUGAUCUAAAGAUUGAGGUUGGAACAUCAAGCUUUGCACUUCACAAGUUUCCUCUAGUUUCUCGGAGUGGAAGAAUCAGGAAGCUGUUGAUUGACGCCAAGGACACUAAAAUUUCACGCAUAAAUCUCUCUUCUGCUCCGGGUGGACCGGAGGCAUUUGAGCUAGCAGCUAAGUUCUGCUAUGGAAUAAAUGUUGAGAUUACAUUAUCAAACGUUGCAAUGCUAAGAUGUAUAUCACAUUACCUGGAAAUGGCCGAAGAGUUUGCUGAGAAUAACCUUGAAGCUCGUACAGAAGCUUAUCUAAAGGACAUGGUUGUCCCGAACAUAUCGAGCACCAUAGCAGUUCUUCACCGUUGUGAGAGCCUCUUGCCUAUAUCCGAAGAGAUAAACCUGGUUAACCGGCUUAUCAACGCAAUUGCAAAUAAUGCAUGCAAAGAGCAGCUUACUUCUGGCUUAUUGAAACUUGAUCACAACUUCCCAUCAAAGGCUAUACCAAACAUGGAACCUGAGACACCAUCUGACUGGUGGGGAAAGUCUCUGGCAGUCCUUAAUAUUGAUUUCUUCCAACGAGUUUUAUUGGCCAUAAAGUCGAAAGGUCUAAGACAAGAUAUGAUCUGCAAAAUUUUGAUAAAUUACACCCAUAAUUCUCUUCAAAGUCUCAUCGUAAGGGACCAUCACUUUGUAAAGGGAAGCCUUUUGGAAUUGGAGCUGCAAAAGAAACAAAGGGUAAUCGUCGAAGCCAUAGUUAGCUUACUGCCAACUCAAUCAAGGAAAAGUCCAGUUCCCAUGGCAUUUCUCUCCAGUUUACUGAAAACCGCAAUAUCCUCGUCAGUAUCAACAUCUAGCAGAUCAGAUUUAGAGAGGCGGACAGGUCUGCAACUGGACCAGGCCAUUCUUGAAGAUAUACUAAUACCAGCCAAUUCACAUGGAAACAAUCAUACAGCCAUGUAUGAUACAGAGUCAAUUCUGAGGAUCUUCUCCAUCUUUUUGAACUUGGAUGAUGAUGAUGAUGAUGAUGAUGAUGAGGAUAAUCGCUUGAGAGAUGAAAGUGAAAUGGCAUAUGAUUUUGACAGUCCGGGAUCUCCCAAACAAAGUUCAAUCCUUAAAGUGUCCAAGUUGCUGGACUCGUACCUUGCUGAAGUUGCACUAGACACAAACUUGUCGCCAUCAAAAUUCAUAGCAUUAGCAGAACUACUUCCAGACCAUGCUCGCAUUGUUAGCGAUGCACUAUACAGAUCUGUUGAUAUCUUCCUCAAAGUUCACCCGAACAUAAAGGAUUCUGAACGCUACAGACUAUGCAAAACAAUAGACUGUCAGAAACUAUCUCAAGAAGCCUGUAGCCAUGCAGCGCAGAAUGAAAGGUUACCGGUGCAAAUGGCUGUCCAAGUCCUAUAUUUCGAGCAAAUUAGGCUUCGGAAUGCAAUGAAUGGAGGCCACAAUCAGCUCUUUUUCGGUGCAAUCAAUGGUCAGUUCCCUCAACGAUCAAGCAGCGGUGCAGCAAGUGGAGCCAUCUCACCCAGAGACAACUAUGCAUCGGUGAGAAGAGAGAACCGAGAGCUGAAACUUGAAGUUGCAAGAAUGAGAAUGAGGCUAACCGACCUAGAAAAAGAUCAUGUGUCCAUGAAACAAGAGUUGGUCAGGUCCCAUCCUGCUAACAAGUUAUUCAAAUCAUUCACCAAGAAGUUAAGCAAGCUCAACUCCUUGUUCAGGAUCAACAAUCUUAAGCCUAUAGGGGGUAAAGCAAAUUCAGAAUCUCGAUUUUUGUUUCAAAGGAGAAGGCAUUACUCGGUAUCAUGACUGUUGUAAAAGGUGUGUAUAACUGAGAGUGUAUAGUAAUUAUAUCUAGUGUGAAAUUUGUGGUCUAAUGGCAGGCUGAGAUAAUAGCUUUUCCCCUUUCUCUUCAUUUCUUUGUUGAAUGUUGGAUUUUGGGGUUGCUUUGUCUAGUGAGAUCAUUGCCUUGAGGAUAAGGCCAGGCAUACUCAGGCAAAACAUGCAUCGUAAAAAUGUGACAUGUAUGAUAGAGAAUAUGUAUAUGAAUGAAGAAGCAGACAAACAAACUUGUAAACCA